AUGACUUUCUCGGUGAGCGGCCUCGGCCAGGCCAUCACCCACGACUACUCGAUAUGGAUCAUUCCUGCGAUCUUACUGGUAUACGGGCUCUACGUGUGGUCAACGUCGACGGACAUCCCCAAGAUCAAAGGUAUUCCCGAAAUCCCCGGGGCACUGCCCAUCUUUGGCCAUCUGCUGGCGCUGGGAGAGGAUCACGCCACGGUGUGUGAAGGGUGGUGGCGCAAGUACGGUCAAUCGGUGUUCCAGAUCCGACUGGGCAACACUCGCGCCGUGGUGGUGAAUUCGUUCGAGGACGCAAAGGAGAUGCUGGUGGGCCAUCAGAACGCCGUUAUCGACCGACCGACGCUGUACACGUUCCACGGGGUGAUUUCGUCCACGCAAGGCUUCACCAUCGGGUCGAGCCCCUGGGACACGUCGUGCAAGAACAAGCGCAAGGCUGCGGGCCAGGCGCUGGGCCGGCCGGCGAUGCGAGGAUACUUCGACAUGUUCGAUCUGGAGUCGUACUGCAUCGUGCGCGACCUGUUCCGCGACAGCAAGAACGGCGAGGUCGAGAUCGGCGUGCGGCCGUACAUCCAGCGGUACGCGCUCAACACCACGCUGACGCUUUGCUACGGCAUCCGCAUGGACAACGUGUACGACGAGAUGCUGCGGGAGAUUCUGCAGGUGGGAUCGGCCAUCUCGCUGCUGCGCUCGGCCUCGGAGAACUACCAGGACUACAUUCCGAUGCUGCGGUACUUCCCCAACAACGAGAAGAACCGGCGGUCGAAAGAGCUGCGCGACCGACGCGACCGCUACCUGAACUUCCUGCUCAACAAGGUCCGCGACAUGAUCAAGAAGGGCACUGACAAGCCGUGCAUCAGCGCCGCCAUCCUCAAGGACCAAGAGACCAAACUGACCGGCGUCGAGGUCUCGUCCAUCUGCCUGUCGCUGGUGUCGGGCGGCUUCGAGACCAUCCCGGGCACCUUGACCUCGUGUAUUGGGUCGUUGUCCACCAAAGAAGGACAAGUCUUCCAGGAGCGUGCCUACGACGACAUCCGCCGCUACUACCCGGACCUGGGCGCCGUCUGGGCCAACAGCUUCCAGGAGGAAAAGGUGCCGUACGUCAACGCCAUCAUCAAGGAGGCCGCGCGCUACUACACGGUCAGCGCCAUGUCUCUGCCACGCAAGACCGUCACCGAGGUCGAGUGGCGCGGCGCAAAGAUCCCGGCCAAGACCAUGGUGCUGAUUAACGCCCAAGCCGCCAACCAUGACAUCGACCACUUCGGUCCGACCGGCAAUGUCUUCAACCCAGAGCGCUGGCUGAACGACGACUUUGUCAUGAAUGCGGCCUCGGCGUCGUCCACCGUCGGACCGGAGGAGAAGCCCGCCCAAGGUAUCCAGCACUUCUCUUUUGGCGCCGGCUCCCGGGCCUGUUCCGGCCAGUUCAUCGCCAGCCGCCUGCUGUACACGGCGCUGAUUCGCCUGUUGUCGUGCUACAAGAUCGUGGCCAGCGACGAUGAGCCCCCCAACACCGACUAUGUCGACUACAACCAGUUCAAGACCGCCUUGGUAGCCAUCCCACGCGACUUCAAGGUCAAGCUGAUCCCGAGACAUCCUGAGAGCGUGAUUCAAGAAGUCAUGUCCGACGCCAAGGAACGUACCAAGGACUACUAUGUCGAAAGCAACUGA